GCAGUAAAACCUGAGGCAGAGAGGAAAAGCUCCCCCUGAUAGUCUCCACAUUCCUGAGCAAAACACACACACAAGAGAAGGCGAGAGGGAAAAGGAGGCAGGCAGAGAGGGAGGGAGGUAGAGAGAGAGACGUAGGAAUUAAGUAAGCUGACAGAGUUGCCACAGGCGAACUCAUCCGGCGUUAAGUCACUUCUCACUGAGCUGUUAAACAUACAGCACAUGGAGGUUAAAAUGUGUUGUGAAAAGUCCAAGUGAAGACAAGAAGUUGAGCGUGACUCCCAUCUCAAGAUUUAUCACAAUGCUUUGGAAAUUAAUUCCUCUCUGUGCCCUCCUCCUUGGAGUUCUCACAUCGCCGACUCCAUCUUCACUCCCCACUGUUAACACGGAACGAGGACCCUGUCGCAUCUACAACUCCGGUCGGACUGCAGACUGCCUGGGACGGCAGCUUGAAAAUGUUCCAUGGAGACAAUUUCCAUCCACACUUGAAGAAAUAGAUCUCUCCUACAAUAAGCUUCAAGCUGUCAGCGCUGAUGACUUCCUCCGCCUCCCUCAGCUUCGCAUCCUUCAGCUGCGGUACAAUAAUAUUUCACACAUUGACGAUGACGCCUUUAAAAACAAUGCACUACUGGAGCAUCUUGACAUCUUUAAUAACUCUCUGCAGGAAAUCCCUGCCACAGCUCUGACACCUCUCUUGAACCUAAAAAUACUCUACAUGUCUAAUAACCUCUAUAAGCGUGCAACUUUGGCUGAUUCCUUCUCCAAAUUUGUGAAACUCCAAGAACUGUCGAUGGGUGGCCCUCUAGUGAUGGGUCUAAAGAAAGGGGAUUUUCAGCCCUUAAUGAACAUAAGUUUACAAGGUUUUGCUAUCAAGUGUUCCUCCAAUCUAAGUUACUAUGAGCCUGGAAGCUUAAAAAUCAUCCAAACAAAGCGAAUGGGCUUUGACAUGGCCAUAGAUCAAGAGCCAAAUGCUCUCCUUCACAUGCUACAUGACCUCGCCAACAAGACGUUCAUCGUCAUUCAGUUUCGUAACCUGUUUGAAUUCACGUACUACAUGGGAGAGGAGGACAUCUUCCAGGGUUUAAAAGACAUCACAGCUCAUCAACUCAUCUUCCACAGGGGUAAAUUCAAUGAGAAUCUCCUGAGGAUGGCUUUAAUGAACUUACAACUGGCCCCCAUCCAAAGGUUGAGACUUCAGUACAUUGACUUUGCCCGAUCACCAACAUUUGUUGACAGCGGAGCAGGUUCAAGCAUCACAGACCUGACACUUGACAAUUUGGAUCUUUGGUAUAUCAGCAAUCCUGAUGUGCUGCGUUUCGAUUGGCGUUUCACCUGGUUCAACAAAAUUAAGAGACUGUCUAUUCGGUACGUGUAUUUCAACACUGUACCUUGCGAUGCCUGGGUUGAGAUGGAAGGUGUACAGUUUCUGGAUGUCUCCAAUAAUCGACUAAAGAAUGAGUUUAUCUUCAACCGGCGAUGCGAUUACAAGGGGACCAUGCCAAAUCUUCACACCUUCAACAUGAGCACCAAUGACUUGACCAGUUUAAAAGACAUGUCAUCUCUUACAAGGGAUUUCCAGCAGCUGCAGGUGUUGGACUUUAGCAACAACAAGCUGGGAUCGGCUGAAGAAAGCCGAGACUGCGUUUGGAAACAAAAUAUCACUCGGCUUAUCGCUCACCACAAUCAAUUUGUAAGUGAAGCCCUCAGUUGUCUGCCAACCACUGUACAGUACUUGGAUCUGUCCUACUGCAACCUGGACCAGCUGGGCAUGACGUACUUUGAAAAAGCCACCAACCUGAGAACCCUCCUACUAAGUGGGAACAAAAUUAAGUUUAUCCCGUCCAAAUGGGAAAGCCCAUCCUUGCGAUCACUAGCUCUGGAUGGAAAUUCAUUUGGUCUCAUCAGCAAAGAAUCCUUUCAGGACAUGCCUCAGUUGUCUUGCCUGAAGGCAGGGAACAAUCCUUACCACUGCACUUGUGAGCUUCGUGCUUUCAUCGAGGACACACUUUCUAAAAGGAAGGUUAAUCUCACAGACUGGCCCUGGAACUACAAGUGCUACCACCCAGAGGCCCUGCUCAACACAUUCAUUGCUAAAUACUUCCCAGGAAAAGUUGCGUGUGACAUCAGACUAGUUAUAAUCAUCUGUGUUGCAACCACUUCAGCGGUGAUCCUGAUACUUAUGCUGAUUUGCUAUAUUUUUGACCUUGCCUGGUACACUAAAGCCACAUAUCAGAUCAUCAGGGCCAAAUACAGAGCUCACAAGGAGAAAGCAGCGGGGGAUUUAGAGACUUUCACCUACCACGCCUUCAUAUCCUACAGCCACUCAGAUGCUGACUGGGUGAGGGACCAGCUUUUGCCCUGUUUGGAGAAAAACAGGAAUCCCUAUCGUCUGUGUAUUCAUGAGAGGGACUUCAUGCCUGGAAAAUGGAUCAUCGAUAACAUCAUUGAGAACAUUGAAAGCAGUCGCAAGGUAAUAUUUGUCCUCUCUCGGCACUUUGUUAACAGCGAGUGGUGCAACUAUGAGCUGUACUUUGCACAGCAGAGAGCGAUGGGAAAGAGCUUCAGUGAUGUCAUCCUGGUGGUAAAGGAGCCCAUCGAUCCAAGCUCUUUGCCCAGCAAGUACUGCAAGCUUAAGAAGAUGCUGAGUACCAAGACGUACCUGGAGUGGCCCCAGCAGGUUAACCAGCAGCCGUUUUUCUGGGCACAGCUGAAGAGUGUCCUGGGCAAGCCAAAAAUAACCCAAAACAGGACACACAGCGUUAAGAGCAGAACCUCAUCUGUCGGAGGAAUUUCAGUGAUUAGGCCUCCCACUGAGGAGAGAGACCCAGAAGUAGCUAAGCCUAAUGAGGACAAAGAAGUAGAACCUAAUCAGAAUCAAAUACCUGUGGAGUGUUUUGAGUGUCUUAAGCAGACUCCUGCCAUAACAAAGGAGAAUGAAAUGCAUAUGGCGCACAUAUGGUUAGGUAGUGACAAAUGUAUUAGCUCAAUGUAUUGGUUUGACCUGACUGUGUUGUUUUUCAGACUCCUCCCAAGUCUACACUUUCAGCAGGUGCGUGCAGCCCAUAAAACAGAUGAGGAAGGAGCUGAGCUGAAGCCACUUGCACCACCACCUGUUAGAGUCAGCGUUCAGGACUGCAAAAUGUGUGCCAAUCUGCAAGGAGCUAUGGAGGACCUCAUCGCGGUGUUCCACCGCUAUUCAGGAAAAGAAGGUGACAAGUACAAGCUUAACAAUAAAGAGCUGAAGAAUUUGCUGCAGGAAGAACUCACAGAUUUCCUGACGGGCUGCAACGAGUCCAGUGGGGUGGAGAAGAUCCUGCAUGACCUGGAUGAAGAUGGGGACGGUGAAGUGGACUUCCAGGAGUUUGUCGUUCUGGUCGCUGCACUGACUGUCGCCUGCAAUGACUUCUUUGUGGAUUAUGACAAGAAGUCAAGGAAAGGCAAAGAAGACUCUUGUCAAAAAGACUAAAAGUGUAUUCUCUGACAAACUAAAUCAGUUCCUUCCAUAACAUAGUCAUGGUAGGAGUGUAAAGGUUUAAAUUGGUCCUUAAUAAUGCAGCACCUUGGAAUGUUGGAAAAGAUCACUGCUAAUCAAUCCAAUGUCUUCUGGGUUCUGUCCUUCAAAAUGCCUUCCAUCUGAAUAAAAUGUUAUAAAGAUG